UGAAAGACAAAGUCAAAAAGAAAAAGGGAAUCUUACGGUGGUGGACUCACUCAACAACACAUCAAAAGAAAAACAGAAAAUGUGUAGAGGAUUAGCUGCAUUACCCCAAACAUGUCUGGAAAGGGCUAAAGAGAUCAAGUCUAAGUUGGGGGUUCUCCUCCAGAAGCCUGAGAAUGGCAUUGACCUGAUUAUCCCCUACCCCGAGAAACCAGAGAAGAAGCCAGAGAAGCUUCAGAAGCCCAUUCCUGAAGAGGCUGCUCAGUGGCGUGAGUCCCUCGACCAUGUGCUGACCAACAGCUAUGGCCUGGCCAUGUUCCGUGGCUUCCUGCGCUCUGAGUUCAGUGAGGAGAACAUUGAGUUCUGGGUGGCCUGCGAGAACUUCAAAAAGAUCAAGUCUCCCAUGAAGAUGACUGUGAAAGCCAGAAAGAUCUAUGAGGACUUCAUCCAGACCGAGGGACCCAGAGAGGUGAACAUUGAUCAUUACACCAAGGAUGUGACCCUGAGGAACCUGGUUGACCUUUCCUCCACAACCUUUGACCUGGCCCAGAAGAGAAUUUAUGCUCUGAUGGAGAAGGACUCCUUCGGCCGCUUCCUGAGAUCAGAGAAGUACCAGGAGCUGGUUAAAUAAGAAGAUGAUUGCAGAGUAAGGGUAAAUUCCAAACCAAUUGGUUAUCAUUUGAAGUGGAAUUAGGCCUUUAAAAUGAUUUGAUGGAACUGACUCAAGCAAGACUGCAGGUUUGAUAACUAAUGACAAACAUAAAGAUAGAUCUCAUUCUAAACCACCUUGACUCCAUAUUUCAAAUGACUAAUUACUACUAUAUUUGUCUUAUAUACCUGUAGCCAAUCAAAAUUGUACAAGUCAAUUAAAAAAGUAAAGAGUGUGGAAAUACAAUAUGACAACAUGACAUUAUUUGUUAAAUGCUUACUCCAACUGAGAGACAAACAAACCACCAAUCAAUUAUACAGUGAUUUAAACAAAUACAUUUGAACAUCACCAUUUCUUAGAAAGAUAAACCAAAGGUCAUAAUUAUUGCAGACAAAAUAGUCUGCAAUGAUUUUGUCCCAUAGACUAAAUAAAAAGUCUAAAUAUAUAGUCUAAAUAAAUAGAUCCUAGACAGACAGACAGAUAGACAGACCAUAUUUGUACAACAACUUUCCCAGGAAUAAAAUACCAUUGGCUUUCAGAGUUUCUGGGGAGGAGAAUAUGACCUCUGCCUUGAGACUCUUAGUGACACAUCCAGUACCCAUCAAGUGUUCUAAAUGGGGGAGAAAGGGUGAGGGACUUCUUGGAACCGGACACUCUAGCGUUCCCACAGCCAAGUAGUAAACAGUCUAAGAAGAAAAGACAUACAGUAGAAACCAGGUGCCUUGAGAAGCUGUGAGAAUUUCUCCCCAACCAUGCUCUCAUGCAAUCCUUGGGACAAGUGGUAGGCAGUUUGUUCAGUGGUUUACGGACCACUGUAUUGUACGUUGAUAAGAUGGGAAUACCGAGUAAGAGUGGAUCUCAUAAAAGAAUAGAACUCAGUAUUUUCUCCAAAUAUUUUUUUGGGGGGGUGAACUAUUUGAAAGUCAGUCAUUUCACCUAAAGAUAGCAAUGAAGCAUAGGAGAUGAGCAAAGGACACAUACCCAAUACAUCAACAUCAUACAGUUUUGUGACUUUUCUACCAUAACAAAAUAGAAAUAUAUGCACUCCAUUAUUGAUUGACUAAUCUUAUCAAGUAUUUCUAUACAGCUUUCAGCAUUUCUGUUUAUCACUCACCAUUCACUAUAAUAACUAGUCUUUACACCUUUCAUGGUCUGAAAAGCAGAUGGUUUUAAAGAGUGGAGGUGUAUCAGUAUGAAAAGGUUAUUGUAGUAGGCUAUCUCAGUCUAGUGUAGCAAUUAUAUAAAUACCUUACAUUGUGUUUCUAUUAUGCACUUGCAUGUUUUUAUAUAUUUUAAGGGUGCAGCUGUCAUGGCCAUAACAUUGAAGUAUUAUUACACAGAAACUCAGUACCUAUACAAGUCCUUAUUGUUGCCCCAUACACACAAUUCAACUUGCUGGAACACUGCAGGUCAGGAGUUGACAAUAUGGUCAUUAUAAUUAAUUGAUUGUCCAAUAAAAAAUGUCACUUGAAGCUAAAGUGUUAAAAUGUUAGAUCACAUACUUUGCAAUCACUUGACAUGGUACACUAAUAGAGUUUAGUAACGAUAAGGCAAUUCCACGUUAACAGAAUGAUGCUAAGACUCAGAUUUUUCACUUUAAAAUGUAUGUCAAACAAAAACAAUGACUGCAAAGUUCAACCAUACAACUCUAUGUUCAAGGACUACUUUAAACAAUUUCCACUGACGCGUUUACUUGAAGAACAGUGCAGAUGCAAAGUUUGGUAACAAUGAUGGUUUGUCCUGUUUGUGCCAUCCUUCUUUUACUAAACUUUGCAUCUGCACUGUUCCUCAAGCAAAUUUGUUUUUGAAACAUUUCAGUGUUUUUGUAAUAUUUUCAGUGGAAAUUGUUAAACAUCGUCCUAAUGCAUAGAGUUGCAUCUUUGUAUUCUCUUACUGUGGAAUUUCCCAAUACUAACACAAAACAAUAUGUUUCUGAUGUGGCAUUGAUAAGUGUAUCUGGUUGCAUAGAUUGGCCAAUCUACUGCUAUUGCUCAAGAUGUGCCUUCAGUGAAAACACUUAUGGACUUAUGACUUAUGGAGUGCUAAGUUAAUAUCUGACACAUGUAUUAUUAGUAGUCAACCACAUAAAAGACAUCAGUACAUAAAAUUCCUGAAGAUGUAGUUAUUUUUCUAUGUAAAUAUCUACCAGUAUUUAGUAGUACUGUAUUUGUGUUGAUUAAGUUGACUACCCCACUGGACUGAAUGGGAGUUGUGACCAAGAGAGGACUGAUUGAAGAGUAUCCAGGAGAGAACCAUGUAUUUUAACUGUCAUAAAAGAGAAAACAUCUGACUA